UGUUAUAAUAUAUGUAGAUGAGUAGGUAUUGAUCUAAACAGCUGAUGAUAAAACUGAUGCAAUAUUUAUUUCCAAGUAAUAAGAAAUUCUCAUACCUGAUGUAUUUAUUUUUAUGGGUCACAAAUUUAUACGAUUAAUUUAUUUGAUAAAACAUUUAUAAUCCACGUUGACAUUAUUAGUAAUAUUGAAUUUUAAUAAUUUUGAUGACUGUGUAGUAAAAAAUGGGUUACAUUGAAUUUUUAAAAACCACAAUAACUACAGUUUUUAAAAUAACACUCAUCUAUCUAACUUGUGUGUUUAAAACAAUAAAAUUACUUCCUACUUAUUUCAAAAAAAAAUUUUCUAAAAAAGAUUUUAAUUCCAAAGAAGUUAUUGGAAUUUUUCAUCCUUACUGCAAUGCUGGAGGUGGUGGUGAGCGAGUUUUAUGGGCGGUUGUCAAAGCUCUCCAAAAAGAAUAUCCUGAUGUACAUAUCGCGAUUUAUACCGGCGAUCUUGAAGUAGCGCCAGAAGAAAUGAUUAACCGUGUAAAAAGGACAUUCAACAUUAAAAUAAACCCCGUUGAAUUUAUUUAUUUACAUAAGCGCAACUAUGUUGAAGCUGAGAUGUAUCCACAAUUUACUCUGCUAGCACAAAGUAUUGGAUCGUAUUUACUUGGAUUGGAAGCUUUCGAAGCGCUUCAACCAGAUAUUUUUAUAGACACUAUGGGAUACGCAUUUACUUAUCCUUUAUUCAAAUAUAUUGGAUGUUGUCGUGUAGGAUCGUACACUCAUUAUCCAACAAUAUCUACGGAUAUGUUAAAACAUGUUUAUCGCAGAGUUAUUUCUCAUAACAAUCGCAGAAUAAUUGCCACCAAUCCUUUCUUUUCAAUGGCUAAAAUAAUUUAUUACAGAUUAUUUGCAAUUCUCUACGGUUUUAUGGGUCGUUGUGCAGACGUAGUAAUGGUUAACUCUUCAUGGACAGAAGACCACAUAAACGCAAUAUGGAAAUGUCCUUUAAAAACAUUCCGAGUGUACCCUCCUUGUGAUAUCGAACGCCUUGUAGAAAUGCCUCUUCUGGCAGAUGACCAAAAAGGCGAAGUGGUAAGGAUAGUCUCCGUCGCUCAAUUUAGACCGGAAAAAAAUCAUCCACUGAUGCUGAGGAUAAUGUACGAACUGAGGUCUAUCGUCAAAGAAGAAGUUUGGGAAAAAGUGCGUCUAAUACUCGUUGGCUCUUGUCGGCAUGACGAAGACAAGAGACGAGUUAAAGACAUGGAAGAUCUUUCCAAACAUUUGGCUGUUGACGAGAAUGUUGAAUUCAAACUUAAUUUGCCAUAUGAGGAAUUGGUAGAUGAAAUGCAGUUAGGUACUAUUGGGUUACAUACCAUGUGGAAUGAACAUUUUGGAAUUAGUGUCGUCGAGGGUAUGGCUGCUGGACUUAUCAUGGUUGCUCACAAUUCUGGAGGCCCUAGAGCGGAUAUUAUUGAAACACAGCUCAGCAGCCAAACAGGAUUUUUAGCGACUGAUGCUGAAGAAUAUGCAGCAAUAAUUGCUAACAUAAUUGAAAUGGACCAAGACACUAAAGACAUUAUAAGAAAUGCUGCCAGAGCUUCAGUGGAUAGAUUUUCUGGGCAACAGUUUGAAAAUGAAUUCAUCCGUAUCAUAAAACCACUUGUUCAUACCAAAUAAAAAAAUUCAUAUUUUAUAUUCAAUUAUAAGUUAUAAGAAAAAAAUA